UUGUUAAUUAUUUAUAGUAACUAUAGUUAGUUCUUGAAUAAGAUUACAAUGGAGGAUAAGGAAAAAGGUAAUUAUAAUUCAUGUACUCAGGAUGAAAGGAAAGUAUUGAUUGAAUUAUUUGUGGAGGGAAUUAAACGUGGAUGGUGUGAUUCUAGUGGUAUAAUAAACAAGGCAACGGUAGAAAAUAAAAUAUUACAAGUCCUCAAUGAAAGAGUUGGAUGCCAGAAACUCCACAAGCAUUAUCAAAGAAGGAUAAAGUUUUUGAAAAACCUAUACAAUAGCUAUGUUGAUCUUCAACGUAAUAGCUCUGGAUUUGGAUGGGAUUUUGAAACAAAAAGGUUUACAGCUUCUGAAGAAGUGUGGCAAGGAUAUUUGAAGGCACAUCCAAACCAUCAGUAUAUGCUUUAUGAUUCACAUGAACAGUUUGAAGAUUUGAAGAUAAUCUUUGAUGGUACAACUGCCAAUGGUGGCAAUUAUCUUCUGUACCAUUGGCAGUUGUACCAUUGGCAGUUGUACCAUCAAAGAUAA